AGCUAUUUACGCAUCCAGCGAACAUUCUACCUCUCUACGUAUCCGAUCGUGAACCUACUACGUUCGCAUUAUGACUCUUCUCGCUCUCGCUUUGCUUCCAUUGGCAGCUGGCACUGUUGUUCGUCCAGCCGAUCUGCCAGAGGAAGAGUUUGACAACUUUAUCGCCAAGUACCAUCGGAACUACACGAGACACAGCCCAGAUUACCUGGAGCGCUUGUCGAUUUUCCGCACGCGCUUCAACGAAGCACAGCGCCUCAACGCGCUGCCAGGACGCGGAUGGCGCGCGGGAAUGACCCCUUUGGCUGACUAUACCGACAAGGAGCUGAAGCAGAUCAGGGGCUGGAAAGGUGCUCGACGUAGCUCAUCCGGCAGGAGCAAUCUGAAUCUGCUGCAGAAUGAUGAUUUGCCGGAGAAUUGGCAGAAAUGGAGGAAUCUUAAGACGUUGCAGGUGAUUGCCAAUCAGGGCUCCUGUGGCUCCUGCUGGGCCGUCACCUCCGCCACGAUCCUCAACGCGCACCGCGAGAUCUACCGCAAUGCCACUGAGCUCCUCUCACCACAGGAGCUCGUGAAUUGUGUGCCGAAUCCACAGAACUGUGGAGGAAGCGGUGGUUGUGAAGGUGCCACCGUCGAACUGGCGAUGGCUUAUACCAUGAGGAACGGCUUGUCCAAAGAAACGGACCAGCCCUAUGCAGGAAGUGAUCAGCAGUGCCUCAACAACGGACACGCCUUGCUGGAGCUCUCUGGCUCCGACGACUUUGCGGACUCCGGGGUCCGGAUGGCGACCAGCAAAUCCGUCGGGCUCCACACCCUUCAUAUGCAAGGCUGGGAAAAGCUGCCAGAGAACAAGUACGAGCCACUGAAGCGGGCGCUGGUGACCAAGGGCCCGGUGGCUGUGUCCGUGAGUGCUGAUGGCUGGGAGUUGUACAUGAGUGGCAUCUUCGGAGAUUGUCCACGAGAUGCGGUCAUCGACCAUGCGGUGACGCUCAUUGCCUACGGGCAGGAGUACAAGACCAAAUAUUGGACCAUCCAGAACUCCUGGGGCGACAGCUUUGGAGAGCAGGGCACCAUGCGCUUGUUGCGCCAAGAUCAGGAGGAGGACCAUUGUGGUACCGACUACCAGCCUCAAAUGGGCACCGGCUGCGAUGGCGGUCCUGCCAGCGUUCAGGUCUGUGGAAUGCCUGGGGCCCUUCGGGGUCCGAAGCCACGCCGGUGCCGGGGGAAGGGUUCGGAGAAAUGAUCGCAAGACAGGAUGCACCACCCUAUACGUUCUCAGACCGCAAAGUGAUAGAUUCAUACCUUGAUGUCCAACUGUCCAAUGUCAAUUCUCAAACUGUAGGUUCACUAUUUCUGUCUAAAUUGUUUGGUUGUGAUGGUUUGACUUUGGUGCUUCACAUCAUCAAUCAGCACAUGUUCCAUGCUCGCUCGCCCGCAGAGUCGCGCGAAGCGCGAAGCCUGCUUUGUGGCUGCUGGAAGUGGCUGCCAACUGCCAAGGUGUGGUAUUCUCUAUGACAGCGUGGUGCCAAUCUUCGGUCACUGAGGCGGGGUGGUCACGACUCGGGCGCGCUUCACGCUUGGUAGUCCGCGUGCCGCAAGCGCGGCGUGACUUCAAGAGAUCUGGUGCGUGGGUGACUGUUUUCCAG